AUGUCCGCUCAUAGUCAGGGAGAAGGCAGGAUGAGACGUGACUGGUCAGUGUUGGACCAGCAGAAUAAACCGCGGCUUGUUGUACAAUCAGAGUUGGCCCAAAAUAUAAUACUGUUAGUCCUGCUCUUGGUAAGCAGCUCAGAUGCUGUUGUCGGAAGUACAAACGGCGACAGCCUUUCACCAGAGAAUAUAGCACGUAGAUAUCUGCACGAGCUUUGUCCAGGAGCCAGUGUUUGUCAUGGAAACCAGACCUCUCAUGCGAUGCCUGGAACCAUACUGCAACAAGAUGCGACUUCUUGUUGUACAAACUGCUCUUGUGAACCAGACUGUAACGAAAAGGGGGACUGCUGCUUUCCACGUAGUUUCCAAGCUCAACCGAAUAAUAAUCAAUCGGACAAUGUUUGCCUUUUUCCGAUGCUACCACAGCCACAAGAAAAAGAUCGGCGGUAUUAUCAGUCUUACAAGAUGAUUUCUGAUGUCCCACUUCACGGCAAUAAGGACAUUCCUAGCAUAUCAAAGGCAAAGUGCGGAGAUGAAAAAGUAGCACCCUGGGGAACCUUGUUACCGGUGUUUUCAAAGGAAACACGAAAGAUAUACAAAAACCCAGCAUGCGCCGCUGCAGCAAAUGUAACAGAUGGUAAACUAUGGGACCUUUCCCUUUCCUGUAAAUAUACGAGCGACGUUGAGGCAAUGACAGAUGUUGCUACUUAUAUGUCAAGCCUGUUUUUAACAUCGUUACCUCAGAAUUGUCAACUUGAGUUUAACUAUCCAGGUGAUAACACGGACUUGAGAUCAGAAACAUGUUUUACAGACUUGAUAAGCACUUGUCUAGAGACCAAAUUCGAAAUUCCAAGAACACUGCCUUUAUCAAGGGCCGAAAUCAGAGCGGCUUGUACUAGCGGGCUUGUCUCGCCUUAUAGAAAGAACGACAUGUAUGCGAACGUAUUUUGUCAUAUCUGCAACGGCAUAGUUUUAGGCAAGACAUCUACAUGCCUGUCUAAGACAGGUCGUUCUCCACAUUCUAACAAAUUGCUUAUACUUCUCGACGGUGUCUUAAUGUCAAACAAGCAGUCAGAUUCGUACAUUCCGAAGGUGUGUCCUAUAUUCAAAAGUGGCAAGGAAAUUGACUUUUGUCGAAUAACAUACUGUCCAUCCGGUCAACUUCGAGACAAAAGUGGCAAAUGCGUACUUCCGGGAAAAGUAUGGUUCAUCGAACAAUGUAUAGUGUAUAUACAACUGACAGCAAACGAACCCUUUGACGUAGAUGUAACGUUCAAGAACACUACAUUGAAUUUAGAAGACAGUUUGCCUCUCUCUCAUAUAUGGCCAAGGAACUGGUUAAUAGGGAGCAUAUCUAAGAAACUGAUUGAUGAAAAGAUGCACAAUACACUGACUGUUAAAAUGAUUAAUUCGUUUCCAAUAAAUGAUCCAAAACAACUCUUAUAUAACAUCCAGUUGUUUCUUAAACGGUCAUGGAUGUUAAAAGUGAGCAAUGGAACUUCGAUAUCAAUGUCUGCAGAUUGGUCACACAUAACUGAUCGCUUUCACGUUCAUCCUUCGAUUUCCAGCAGUCCCACAACAGAAAAUACUAGAGUUAUCUUUCCGAAAUACGAAUAUAUAUACCAUUCAGACAAAACCAUCAAGAAGCCAACGCCCAUAACAAAACUAUAUUUCUGCGACCAGAUAGAGUUGAACACAUCGGAAUUUGCAUUGUAUGAUCACCAUGCUCUACACAACAAAAUAACAAACCGGAUGUUGUAUCUUGGAGAAUUUACAACAACGUUCUCGGAUGACCAAAAUGGAGGUAUUCCGACGACCCGUGCGAGGAUAUGUGUAGAUGGUUCGGGAUUUAUCAAACGCGAAAACAAUUCAGUUUGUUAUGUUGGAGACAAAUUGCUCAUUUUCUACUGUUUGAUCUUUAUUUUGUUGUUUCUCUAUUGAGAACCAAAGUUACUGUGCAUUUUUAAUGUAUGAAACUUAAGUUACAGGAAUGUUUCCAGGAAAAUGAAUCUUAUAUGUAGAAGAUUUCACACGUGACUAUGUUGGAUGUUUAGCACAAUCCGUUAUGUCGUGUUGGUGUGCGCGCGAUUUAUGUAGCAAUUGUCGUUGUGUCGUUCUUGCACGCGCGCCAACGCAAAACGGAACUUUUGUGUGUCGUUUUCAUGAAACGAAACUUACAACAUGAUGUAACGGAAAGUAGAACGCCACAGAACUUCAAGUCUGUGUACGCGCCAUAAACAAUGAUUGCGUUAUGGCGUGUUGGCGCAGCUGUAGCAUAUUUUGUUGUGUAAUCCUAAUGCAUGCUAGAACGCGAGACAACGAAACAUUUUUUUUUCGUCUUGAGGCGCACUCAAACACGCUAACAAGAAAUAUCUUAAUGGCGCGCGUGCCAGCACGAAACAACGACAUAUUUCAUUUCAAUAUGUCAACACACCAAAAUGAAAGCUUUAUAAAAGUUGCGAGUGUUUAACAACACAACACAUUUAGUAACGUUAUGGCGCGCUGGCGCGCGAGCCGAAACAACACAACGAAAAUUGCUGCAUAAAACGCCAACGCGACGUAACGAAAUGUCCUGAAUCAUCCACUGUACAUGACAGAACAAGCCAGGCAACUUGUCAAAGGACUUGUUUGAUGCUUGAACCUGUGACAGUCCUAUAGUGGUUAAAGUUUCGACAUAAAGCACACAUCGUAUAACGAUCUUCGUGUCAAAAUCUCAAAUUUCAUACUGAUACCUCACUGCAAAAUAUUUUGAAAAUCUUAACGUCAGAAUUAUUUUGUAGAUCUAAAUACGUAUUUUUCAUUGACAAUAAAGUGGAUGGAAUAAUUAUGUCAAUAUGUAAAAAUGAAAGAGAAUUGUUAGUGACAUUUAAGGUUAUAUAAUACUGACAUCACCUUGUAUUCAUAUUAACCUGUAACACCUGAAAUCCCUAUAACAUUAAGUGGGAUAUUAUAUGUUUUAUAACGUACCACCAUUUUUCCAAUUUUACAAAAUUUCAGAAAUGCUAAAGCAGUGGGUGAGGAAAAUGCCCUAUAAAAUUAAAACGAGUUCGGUGACCUAUGUUUUUUCUUCUCUUGAUUGUCUUGGAAACAAAUGUUCUUCAAGCUCACAGAGUAUGAAAAAAUUCUUAACGUUAGAAAAAAUUCGCUCCUACAUCCUUAACUUACUCUGAAUCAAGUAUUUAAUUAAUAAGUGUCAAGCAGCAUUGUACAGUAUACAAAUUUACACUGCGUAACAGCGCAUGAAUGACUGGUCGGUGUACAUAGUUAUGGAAUCUGUGAACGUUAUUCAUAUACUGAGUUACCUGUGCAUUUUAACCUUUACCCUGCUGAUCUGUUUUGAUAUAAACAGGUGAAUCAUUCAGUUUGACCAAUACCACUUAUUAUUCAAAGGGGUAUUCACUGAAAAUUUACUGACUGAAUAGCGAACAGUGCAGACCAUAUCAGACUACAGUGGUCGCAAAGGCAGAAUCGCUCGCCACCAGCAGGCUGAAGGUUAAUAAGGGGCUUUCAAAUUGAGCGUAUGAUACAAUGAUAUUCAAUAUUGAAACAUAAAAGUUAUUUCAUGUUGAUAAAUGUGUUACAUCUGUUACCUUUACUAGUAUUGUUUGCAACAAUUUUCGAAUGAAAGCUAGAACUUUAUUUUCUUUUUGAUUUAUUAGGCAGACAUCUGAGACUAUAGUAAAGGUAAUAGAUAUCCAGCACAGAAUAUUACAAUAAGGAUUCACAUUUUUUCAAAACUUUUUAAAUAUAAACAACAUGCUUCUUCUUUGAUCCAGAACAUGUAGAACGGAAUGUCUUUGAAAUUUGUAAACUAUAGGAAUAAACGUAUCGGAAAGUUUGAACCUCCACGUAAAUAAUUUAAUAGAAGUGUACAAAAACCUAGUGCUGGCUUCAUUUUUGUAAUCUUACUGUAUUCGGAGGAGAUAUAUUCCCACCUAUGAUGAAAUAAUGCACGGAGUGGCACCUAUGGUCUUUCUACACCAUCAAAGCUGGAAAGUCGCCAUAUGACCUAUAAUUGUGUCAGUGCGAUGUUAAACCCAACAAAACAAACAAACAAGUUUGAAAGCGCUCGGAAUAUCAAUAUCACGUACGUUAUAACUAAAUUAUCUUUCAUGAUUUGACUAUAUUAUUAAUACAAGCAGAGUCUCAGUGAUAUUCAGCAUGUAAUGUUUUAUAAAUAAUAGAGUAUUUGAUUUCUAUUCGGUUUUAAAUAAAAAAUAAUUAUUACUACAAGAAGGUGGUAGAUACAGGCAGUCCGUUAUACGCCAUCUACAGCAUGAGAGUUAUCUAUUUUGUGUUGCCUAUAAGCCGCUAUGACAUUUCACCUCUGGUUUUCGUUUCUAUAAAUUUAAACAUACUACUUUCUACAUGUACAUAUCAA